AUGGCAUCGAUCAACGAAGGGACAAAUCUUGUUGACUCUUCGAGCGUCAUCAAAGCCUUUGAAAUCAUCUCCUCGUUGUUACCCCCGUUGGUUGCAUUUAUCUCCAGUGCUUCCAGAUGUGGGCUCCCAGUGGGCCAACUCGCCGUAGAUGAGUACGGUAACCCCUUUGUUAUCAUGCAAGAUCAAAAUGACAAGAAACGAGUCACCGGUUUGGAUGCCCAGAAGACUAACAUUCUCGCUGCACGUAGCGUCGCUGAGACCAUCCGGACUAGUCUAGGCCCUAAGGGCAUGGACAAGAUCAUCGUCGGUCCUGAUGGUGACGUCACUGUUACCAACGAUGGUGCCACUAUUCUUGAUAAGAUGCAAGUGGAAAAUCAGGUGGCCAAGCUGAUGGUGGAGCUCUCCAAAAGCCAGGACGAUGAAAUCGGUGACGGUACUACUGGUAUCGUCAUCAUCGCUGGUGCUUUGCUUGAGCAAGCAAACAAACUUCUCGAGAUGGGUAUUCAUCCUCUACGAAUUGCCGAUGGUUUUGAAAAAGCAUGUGAGGUUGCCGUGAAACGCGUGGAGGAGAUCAGCAAAGAGGUUGAUAUUUUCAAGAAUGACAACGAGGAGCUUCAUCACGCUGCUAUGACCGCCUUGGGCUCUAAGAUCGUCUCUUCGCGGCAGUCCCAGAUGGCCAAGAUUGCAACUGAUGCCGUCUUGUCUGUUGCUGAUUUGGAACGAAAGGACGUCAAUUUUGAUCUUAUCAAAGUUGAGGGUAAGGUCGGCGGUCGGCUAGAAGACACGUGUUUGGUCAACGGUAUUGUCAUUGACAAGGAGUUCUCACACCCCCAAAUGCCUAAGGAGAUUAACGACGCGAAAAUAUGCAUUCUGACGUGUCCAUUUGAACCACCGAAGCCUAAGACUAAGCAUAAGAUUGAUAUCAAGUCGGCUGAGGACUACAAGAAGUUAUAUAAAUACGAACAGAAGUAUUUUUCUGAUAUGGUGGACACCAUGUUGGCAUCAGGAGCUAACCUAGCCAUAUGCCAGUGGGGCUUCGAUGACGAGGCCAACCAUCUCUUGUAUCAGCGUAAACUCCCUGCUAUUCGUUGGGUGGGAGGUGUCGAACUUGAACUUAUCGCAAUUGCCACAGGGGGUCGCAUUGUCCCUCGAUUCUCGGAGUUGACCUCUGCUAAACUAGGUCAUGCUGGGACUGUGAAGGAGCUGAGCCUUGGUACCACUGAUAAGGAGUCGAUGAUUGUCAUUGAAGACUGUGCUAAUUCAAAAACUGUGACGGUACUGGUCCGUGGUGGUAACCAGAUGGCUGUUGACGAGGCCAAGAGAUGCUUGCACGAUGCCAUGUGCUGUGUUCGGAACCUUAUUCGUGAUAACAGGGUUGUGCCUGGGGGUGGUUGCUCUGAAAUAGCUGCUAGCAUUGCGGUUGCUGAUGCCGCGGAUAAAGAGCCUACUGUUGAGCAGUAUUCUAUGAGGGCGUUUGCUGACGCCCUAGAGACCAUUCCUAACUGCCUGAGUGAGAAUUCGGGGUUGCAGCCACUGAAGACGGUGGCUCAAGUGAGAAACCUGCAAAUAUCUACCGGCAAACCUGUGUUUGGUGUUGACUGUAUUGCCCAAGGCACGAAUGAUAUGUGGAAACAAGGAGUGUAUGAGGCUACGGCUUCUAAGGUGGAGCAGCUCAGCCUAGCCACACAGGUGGUGAAGAUGAUACUCAAGAUUGAUGAUGUGAUGUCUCCGUAUGAUUACGACCAGUAGAUGUCUUCGUCGGUGUGAGCACGUAUAUGACGCUGAUCGAGAUGAUUGCGUUUCUAGCGUUAUCCAUAUACCCUUCCCAAACAGAAGUGACCAUAGAUG